UUUCCCAUUUGGUCCGUGUUCUCUCUGCUUUGUGGCUGUGACCGAAAUAAUCUCUACAUUUCGUCUGUGACAAAGUCGGGCAUUUUCUUGACAGGCCCGCGUUAUCUUCGCUAUCCAGUAACGUAAUGGAAAUCUGGGAAACUGAUUAAACAAUGCGGUUUGUCCUCAGCAAAGUCAACUGAAUGUACCUGAUUUGUAGUGUUCCAGUUGCCUAGUUACCGAUAUUGUGAGGUAGCAACGAGUGCACUGUAGACUUUUUGUACACAAAGAACAAACUGCAUGAAAGGUGAGACAGAAAAUAACGUUAAAAAACGUUGUGUUUUAAAUCGUUGCUAGUUAAACGUAUUGCAAACGUAAGGUUAUAUGGCAUGGUUUUUAGGAAAAGGUAUGAAUUCGGGGUGUAACACCGAAGCUCUAGAAGAACACAGGUCAGCACAUGGUUUUCGUGCAAUCGCGGAUGUCUACGGAAAAGGCAAGAAACCGACUUCAUCCGAGGACAGCCUGGCUACUCCGGUGGAGAGGGAUGAGAGGCUGUUAAAGGUGAAAGCUGAGGCAAGAGACAAGCAUACCCUUUUUCUCCUGGGACAGCUGCACUAUGAGCAGGGUCGCUAUUUUGAGGCACUGGAGGUCUUUGAUGCCAUUAAGGACCACGACCCCAGAGCCCUCUUCCAGCUGGCCAUCAUGUAUUACGACGGCCUGGGGACUGCCAUGGAUCUUCCCAGGGCAGUGGAUUACAUGAAGAGUGUGUUCCAGUGGAACGUGUCUGAGACCGGCUCCAUCAGAUACACUGCUCUGUAUAACAUUGGCAGAGCCUACCUGGAGGGUUAUGGUGUCCCGCAAUCCAGUACCGAGGCGGAGAGUCACUGGCUCCUUGCUGCUGACAACGGAAACCCCAAUGCCUCUGUAAAAGCUCAGAGUUCCCUGGGUAUGUUCUACAGCAGACGGGAGACUAAGGACCUGGAAAGGGCUUUCUUCUGGCACUCCGAGGCUUGUGGCAAUGGCAGUCUGGAGUCCCAGGCUGCACUGGGGAUCAUGUACCUGUAUGGUCUCGGCAUCCACCAGGACCCCAAAUCUGCCGUGGAGUGCCUGAAGGAAGCAUCGGAGCGAGGGAAUGUGUAUGCCCAGGCUCACCUGGUUGCGUACUACUACCACAGGAAGCUCUAUACUAACACAGCAGCGCUGGCCCAGAGGAUUAUCAGUUACAAUGACAUUGCUGCUAUCGCCAGAGUCACAGACUGCCUACCUGAAUACAUCAUUAAGGGCAUGGCCAUUGCUUUGUUCUACUACGGCCGCUGUCUGCAUCUGGGGAAGGGGGUUCUUCAGAGCAAGGACGAAGCCAGGCAUUACUUCACUAAGGCUGCUCAACUUAACCCCGAAGUGUGCCAGGACCUCCAGAUGGAUAUCAUCUUAGGCAAAAUGUAAUGAUCCAGGCUCACAAACCAGCCAGUUGCAUUGACCUGAGUAAAUAAUACCAGAUUUAGAACGCUAUGUUCAGCAUGCAUCUGUGGUAUGAGAUUAAAGUGAUUGUGUGCUCAGUGUAAAUGCUCAACACUAAGAAAUAUUAAGCCGGGGUGUCAAACUCGUUCCACGGCGGGUUGAGUGUCUGCAGGUAAGGGUGGAAACUAACCAAUUAGUGACCAAAUCAAGUGCAAGUUGAGCGAAAACUGGCAAGACACUGCCCCCCCCCCCCGGCAGAACCGGUUUGA